AGUACAACCAAGCAUAAAGACUGAAGGUGUGCUUCGGCUAUACCACGUGCAACCUGUUGACGGUUACGAAAGAUUGCAGUAGAGCAUCAGGCCGCUACCGCAUAAUUUUAGUACUCUGACUCGUUAGUCGUGUGCCCUUCGACUUUGACUGGAUUAUCAAAAUAAAAAACCUUAAAAAUGUCGAUGCUCGCUGCACCUAGACAAAAACAAAAAUGGACCUUGAAUCCACAAGGCAAACAGUGGAGCAAAGACUCAAGCAAACUUGGUCAAAGAAUGUUAGAAAAAAUGGGUUGGUCAAGUGGUAAGGGUCUUGGAGCUAAAGAACAAGGAGCAACAGAACACAUUAGGGUUAAAGUUAAAAAUGACCAAGUUGGUCUUGGACACGAAAAAAACAAAGAUGACCAAUGGACAGUUCAUCAAGACUCUUUCAAUGACUUACUAGCCAAUUUACAAAAAGAACAAGGUUCGACAGAAAACUCUGAUCAAGUUUUGAGUGGCACAUCUUUAGAGGAAAAGUCUAAAUCAAGUUCUAAAAGAGUGCAUUACAAAAAAUUUACCAAAGGUAAAGAUGUUAAUAAAUACAGUGCAAAAGAUUUAGCAAAUAUAUUUGGCAAAAAAGAGUUAAAUGAAAUCCAAAAGGAAUCAAAAGCAGAAGAAAAUGAUUCAGUCUAUGAUCCUAUAGGAGCAAAGGAUACAACAGCUGGUAUUAUUACUAUCAAAGGUGGCGAUAUGUCAUCUUAUUUUCAACAAAAACUAAACCCAAUGUUGAACAAAAUUAAUGCCCAGCGUGAAGACUCUGAAAGUGAAACUGAAAUGAGAGCAGGUUUUGGUAGCACACCAAAAAGUAAAAGUAAAUUUUAUAUUGAAAGUGAUUCUGCUGAUGUCAAAAAAAAACCUGACAUUGAAAGUUGCACAGGGUUAGACUUUACUAAAAAUAGUGAAAGUAAAUCUAAGAACAGAAAAAAUAAAUCCAUGACAACGUUUGAUAAUCCAUGCUUGGAUGUAAAUAUAUUAGAUGUCUCUGCUAAGAGCAGUGAAAGUAAAUCUAAAAGUGUAAAAAAAAAAACUUUGAACUAUGUGUUUGAUAAUCCAUGCUUAGAUAUGGAUAUCUUGUCAAAUUCUCCAAAAAUAUUAGAUGCUAAAAAGGAUAUAGUAUUAGCAGAGAAAGUUACGCCAAGGAAACGAAAGCAUGAUGUAGUGCAACAAAAUGAUAUAUUAGAUGUAGAUUUUAUGAAUAAGCAAACUCCUAAAAAAAGAAAAAGUGAUUUAGCAUAUGAAAAUAAAGGAUUAGAUAUUGAUUUACAAGAAACAAAUAAUAAUUCUAACAAUGAAUUUGAAAUUUCUGCCAUGGAAUUGGGAAAAUCUUUAAAUAAGACACCUAAAAAACAUAAAAAAAUAAAUAAUGAGCUCAAGUCCAUUGGUAUUGAUAAUCCAGGUUUAGAUUUGGAAUAUAAAGAAAAUACUAUUUUAAAAAGUAAUGGUAUUGAGAAUCCUGCCUUAGAUCUAAGUUUUCCAGAUAAACCCACUCCAAGAAAACCAAAAAGGAAUAAAAAAGUUACAAAAACUGAAACUUUUGAAAAUCCAACAUUAGAUAUGAACAGUAUUGAAGUAAAUUCUACUACUACAUUUGAAGUUAUAAGGCCAAUAGCUGGCUUAGAAAACAAUGCGUUAGAUUUGCUUGACGAAAGUACUGGAAAAAGAAAAGUAACUUUUAAUGAACAUGUAGAGUAUAAUACUGAUACAGAAAAAAAGAAAAAGAAAAGAAAAGAAAAAUUAGAUAAAUAUGAAGUGAUAAACAAUAAAUUAGAGAAAAAGAAAAGGACUUCUGAACCUAUAGUAUUUAUAAAUGCAGCACUAUCCGAAGAAUGUCUCAAUCAGGAAGAUAGGGAAAAUAAAAUAAAUGAAAAGAAAAACAAAAAAAAUAAAAAGAUGAAAAAGAUAUCACAGCUUGAUACAAUUGAAGAAGCUCCUGAAGAAGACUGCGACGAUGUUCCAACAAUUGUUUAUGAAGUAAAAAUUGAAUCCAACAAUGAUGUUGAAUUUGUGGGAGAGUAUCCUAAUCAAAAUGAUCCUACUAUUAUUCGUCAAGUCCACAUUGAAGAACAUGAUGACAUAAAAUUCGAUGAAAAAGAUCCCACUAAUAAUUUUCAAGAAAAAUCAUGCUAUAAAAAAGUAAAUAAAAAGAAUAAGUCAACCAUUGACAAACAAUCCAGCUUAAAUGAAGAAUUUCAAAAAAAGAGCUUUGAACACGAAAAAAAAUCAAAAAAAAAUUUAAAAAAGAUACAAAAGGAAAACCCAACUUUUAUGUUUGAAGGCUCAAACAUAUAUAAAAUCAAAGGAUAUGGCUCAUCAUAUUUGAACAACGGAUAUUGUUAAAUUGAUGUAAAAUUAUUAAUUAUUGCCAUCAUUAUAAAAUUGUAAAUAUUUUCAUGUCAAUUUUUUAGGUACA